AUGACUUGUUUCUCUCCCUGCUUCGACGUGGAAAUCGGGCUGUAUCAUCGACCUAUGCAUGGAUCCGAAUAUUCCGCUCGAUGCGAACUGGGAUAUAGUCGGGGGAAUGUGGUCGAGAACCUUAUUAGAUGUCAGUCGAUCAUCAGCAGGUCUGCCAAGGCUGGAGCUAAAAUGAUCUUUCUCCCAGAAGCUUCUGACUUUAUUGCGCCGGCCUCUCAAUCACCCUCGUUGGCCCAAUCAUUAAAAGACAGUCAAUUUGUCAAAGCUAUUCAAUCUUCGGCUCAAGAAAACAAUUGUUGGGUUUCCGUCGGUGUCCAUGAAAAGAGUGCAGAAGAUGCAAAGAGGUGUCAUAAUACAAGCUUGAUCAUUUCAAGCGAGGGAAUUGUUCAACAAGCAUAUCGAAAACUUCAUCUAUUCGACAUAGACCUCGGAAAUAGCACUUCAGCAAACGAGUCCAAGUACAUUAUACCAGGGGAUAAGAUUGAGAAGCCUUUGCCCACCCCGAUAGGACAUGUGGGCCAAUUGAUAUGCUAUGAUCUAAGGUUCCCGGAAGUAGCUUUGAUCCAUCGUCGAAGAGGUGCAAACAUUUUGAUUUAUCCUUCUGCAUUUACCGUGAGAACGGGUGGAGCACAUUGGGAAACUCUAUUACGGGCACGUGCGAUCGAAACACAAUGUUAUGUUAUUGCAGCAGCCCAGGUGGGAACUCACAUCGAUAAGCCCUUACGACAGUCAUGGGGACAUGCGAUGAUCGUCGAUCCUUGGGGCACAGUGCUUGCUCAAGUCCCCGACGUUUUACCCUCUUCACCACCCCCAUCAGCUGAAGAGGAUCCUGAAUGGAGCACCAGCUUUGCACUGGCAGAUGUCGAUCUCAAAUCUUUAGAGCUCUUGAGAAAAUCUAUGCCACUACUCGAUCAAAGGAGAAAUGAUAUCUAUCCUAGAUUGGACUAGUCGCGCACUUUUCAGUGUUCUGGUAGUCAAAUCUUUGCCUGGUAGUCAAAUCAUUUCCUGGCAGUCAAAUCACUGCCUGGUAGUCAAAUCAUUGCCUGGUAGUUGAAUCAUUGCAGUGCGUGCGUGCAUUCUUGCAGGCAGUGUCAACUAGUUUUCCCAGCUAAGUCGUUAUGAUCAUUAGACAAUGUAGUAUAUUUUGGUAACCUCUCAUCUUUUUUUAGAAUACCCAACGUCCAACAGAAACACGUUCUAAAACAUGACUCGGUGUGCACUGCAAUCCAAAUCAAGAAAACCCAGGAUCGGUGAAAUGAUAUCCCUUCUUAUAUAUCUG